AUGAGUGCUCCCGCGGCAGCAUUUCAGUUGCCGGCCUCCGGCCAUGAAGGUGACAACGAAUUCAUCAACGAGUACGAAUCGGAGUGCCAAUGCGAGUUUUUGGACCCGCGAUUUCUGGCCAUUACGGCUCUGGAUUCUGAGCAGGCGGCGCUUGAGUAUUUCUACCAGAGCCCCUUCUACAUGAAGUACCGCGAAAGAGCGCUCAACGAGAACCUGCGUGCCGGCCAUGCUGUGGACAGCCAGCAGGUGGGCCUGAUGUUCCAGGUCACGUACAGUAACCUCGAGGACAUCAACGAGCCGCUGAAACAGCUGCCGCCGAUGGAUGAGAUGGCGCGCAUCCAGCACUACUCCAAUGCGGCCGUGUUCCACAUCACGCUCUUCCAGAGGAACCUCGGGCAGAACGGGGUGACGGCCACGCCCAUGAAGGUAUGGCCAUUCUCGCGGUUCGCAUUACCCGCCCAACAGGUGUACUACAUCAUCCAAGGGUCUAUUUUCAUGUGCCCCCCGUUCGGAUCGCUCAUACGCCACCGUCUUCACCAGUCGAUCGAGCAUUUCGAGAAGUUUUACGAUACGCUCAACGACAUCAGCAAGUGGUCCGCGACCAACGGCUACUCGUGGGAACCGAAGCCAAAAGCGCUGGACCCGCAGAUAAAGCAGCUCUGCGAGAAGUACGGAUUCCAGGAGGAACAACGCGAAGACUACAUUAAAGAUGGCAAUAUGCACGUUUUCUUCCUGAAACCGCAGGAACACACCGCCCAUCGUGUUGCCUACGACGAAAUGCGUAUACUCGCCCGGCGGCUUGAGCUCGCACACCAGGUACCCGUGCCGGAGGAAGCGGUGUCGGACAUGCCAACGGAACCAGCGCCUGCCUACGGUACCGCGGAUAACGUCACCCAGUGA